UGAGAUCCGGCUCAAAUAUUUUGAUACUGUGCCUGUUGCUGCUGCCAUGUGUGUGCUUAAAACAGGCUUCCUUUUUGUAGCAUCAGAAUUUGGAAACCAUUACUUAUAUCAAAUUGCACAUCUUGGAGAUGAUGAUGAAGAACCUGAGUUUUCAUCUGCCAUGCCUCUGGAAGAAGGAGACACAUUCUUCUUUCAGCCAAGACCACUCAAAAACCUUGUGCUGGUCGAUGAGUUGGACAGCCUCUCUCCCAUUUUGUUUUGCCAGAUAGCAGAUCUGGCCAAUGAAGAUACUCCACAGCUGUAUGUGGCCUGUGGUAGGGGACCCAGAUCAUCUUUGAGAGUCCUAAGGCAUGGACUUGAGGUGUCGGAAAUGGCUGUUUCUGAGCUACCCGGUAACCCCAAUGCCGUCUGGACAGUGCGUCGACACAUUGAAGAUGAGUUUGAUGCCUACAUCAUUGUGUCUUUCGUGAAUGCCACCCUUGUGUUGUCCAUUGGAGAGACUGUGGAAGAAGUGACUGACUCCGGGUUCCUGGGCACCACCCCAACCUUGUCCUGCUCCUUAUUAGGAGAUGAUGCCUUGGUGCAGGUGAGGGUUGUCAGAGCUUGCUUACCGACUCAGCUUGCUUUGUUCUUUGCCCUGAUUGUGGUGACUGUUUGCAACCUCUGA